CCGGCAAGGCCCGAGGUGGCGGCGGCGCGCGCAGCACCGGUGGUUGUGUCCCCGCCAUGGCGGGCAGCGGGGCCCCCGGCUCCCCGUCCCGGCAGAGUGGGCCUGACUCAGGGCUGGAGGAGGAAGAAGAGGAGGAGGACCCGGCCCUGGGCUGUGACGGGGACCUGGAGGUGAACCCCUACGAUGGGCUGCCCUUCUCCUCACGGUACUACGAGCUGCUGCGGCAGCGCCGGGAGCUGCCAGUCUGGACCACCAAGUACAGCUUCAUGGAGAACCUAGAAGGCAACAGCGGCAUCGUCCUGGUGUCUGGGCCUCCCGGCACCGGCAAGAGCACCCAGAUCCCGCAGUGGUGCGCCGAGUAUGCCCUGUCCCUGCAGUUUGCCCACGGGCUGGUGGCCUGCACCCAGCCCCACAGCCUGGCUGCCCUCAGCCUCUCCCUACGCGUGGCCGAUGAGAUGGACCUCAACCUGGGCCACGAGGUCGGCUACUCCGUCCCUCAUGAAGACUGCUGCACCACAGAGACCAUUCUCAGGUUCUGCUCGGAUGAGAUGCUGCUGCGGGAGAUGACGUCGGACCCGCUGCUGCGGCAGUACGGGGUGGUGGUGCUGGACGAGGUGCAGGAGCGCACAGUGCCCACCGACGUGCUGCUGGGGCUGCUGAAGGACGUGCUGCGCCAGCGCCCGCCCCUCAAGGUGGUGGUGGUCACCUCACUGGCCAUGGAGGAGCAUCUCCGUGCCUUCUGCGAGGACCCCCCCGUGGUGCGGGUGCCGGGGCCUGGGCCCCCCCCCAUGCUCUACAGGGACUUGCCAACCCAUGGCCACGUGGUGGCUGCUUGCCAGGCUGUGUUGGACAUCCACCGGCGGCAGGAGCCCGGACACGUCCUGCUCUUCCUGGCCAGUGAGCAGGAGAUCACCGAGUGCUGCCGAGCCAUCCGGGCUGAGGCCAUGGCACUGAACCCCGGGCUGGGCCCACUGCUGGUGCUGCCCCUGCACCCUGGGGUGGGACGGGCAGCACAGAGGGUGUAUGAGGGGCCAGAGGAGAGCAGCCGGGGUCGGCGGGUGAUUGUCACCCACUGGCUGGGGGACUCGUCCUUCUCGAUGGGGACUGUGCGCUUUGUCAUCGACGCGGGGCUGGAGCUGCGCAGCGUCUACAACCCCCGCAUCCGGGCGGAGUCCCAGGUGCUGCGACCCAUCAGCCAGAGUCAGGCUGAGUCCCGCAUGCAGCGAGCUGCAGGCAGCCCCCCAGGUACCUGCCUGCGCCUCUACUCAGAGGCUUUCUAUGAGCAGCGGCUGCCCCCCAGCCCCGUGCCCCACGUCAGUGAGACCAGCCUCAGCCGCCUCGUCCUGCUGCUGAAGCGCCUGGACAUCGCCGACAUGGGACAGUGUGACUUCCUCGACCGCCCAGCCCCUGAGUCGCUGAUGCAAGCAUUGGAGGACCUGGACUACCUGGCAGCCCUGGAUGAUGAUGGAAACCUCUCGGAGGUGGGGAUCAUCAUGUCAGAGUUCCCACUGGACCCCCAGCUGGCCAAGGCGCUCAUCGCCUCCUGCGAGUUCGACUGUGUGGAGGAGAUGGUCAGCCUGGCUGCCAUGCUCACAGUUUCCCCCUGCUUUGUUCUCCCAUCCUCACAUCUGGAGGAGGCGGUGGCCCUGCGCCGGCAUGCCCUGCUGCACCCGGACGGAGACCACUUCACUCUCAUCAACAUCUUCAAUGCCUUUCAGCAGAACAAUGCCGAUGAGGGCUGGUGCCGCAAGCACGGGCUGAGCGGGGAGGCCCUGCGGCUGGCAGGGGUGGUGCGGGCAGAGCUGCUGGAGGUGAUGCGCCGCAUCGAGCUGCCCAUCUCGCCCCCCGCCUUCGGGACCCACACCAAUGUCCUCAACAUCCGGCGCGCCCUCAUCUCUGGGUACUUCCUCAAGGUGGCCCGGGACAUCGAUGGCUCCGGCAACUACGUGAUGCUGACACACAAGCAUGUGGCCCACCUGUCCCCCACCUGCUGCUACCUGCAGUGCCAGCCCCCCCAGCGCCUGCCCCCCUGGCUCCUCUACCAUGAGUUCUCCAUUUCACAGGACAACUGCCUCCACAUCGUCUCCGAGAUCCAGCCCCAGAUGCUGGUGGAGCUGGCACCCCAGUACUACCUGAGCAAUCUGCCUCCCAGCGAGAGCCGUGACCUGCUGAUGGAGCUGCGGGAGAAGGUGGUGGCUGCUGAGGAUGUGCCGGCAGUGCCGGAGCCACUGGAGGAGGCAGCUGGUGGCGAGGAUGAGAGGGAAGUUUGCGUGUUGCAGUGAGCUGGAGCUACCCCAGCCCCCACGUCGGGGAUGUCCAGCCUUGGCUGUGAUCCCUGGGGACGGGAGACCCCUGAGGAGGCCAUGCUGCUGUGGGGGCCAACUGAGCUCCAGGAAGGCAAGGGCAGAGCCUCUGGCACUGCCACAGCUGCCACUGGCUAGGGUCCGGCCCCUGGCAUUGCCCCAGGAUAGAGCCUGGUUUGGGGGAGUGCUGGCCCUGGGCCAAGCCUGUCCUGGGCACCCUCCCUACCUGGGCACCUUCACCCCGUGUUUGCCCAGGGGCUGCCGCGGGGCUGGGGCUGCCGACCCUACCUGUCCUGCUCCUUUCCGUCGGGGGAGCACCCCCCUGGGGCCGAGGGGCCACUCGUGGGUCUCUCCUGUAUAAAGUUUUGUGUCCUUUA